GCGGCCGCGUGACGCGUUUUCAAAUCUUCAACCGCCGCAUCCCACUCGUUGGUGUUUUACCUCUUCCUCCUCCGCGCCUUGGAGCCGGAUCCGGCCCCGGAAACCCGGCCCGCACAAGCUACAUCUCUACUACGAGGUGGCCCUGGCGGGCGGAAGGGGACAACUGGCUCUGUCAACCCGGCCGAAGAAUCCGUGUUUUCGCCGCCUCCUGGCUCCAUACCCUCUUUGGAUCCAGCAUGUAGGUGCCGGGCGGCUGCCAUGAACUCCGGAGCCAUGCGGAUCCACAGCAAAGGACACUUCCAAGGUGGAAUUCAAGUCAAAAGUGAAAAAAAUAGACCUUCUUUGAAGUCUCUGAAAACUGACAACAGACUAGAAAAGUCCAAAUACAAGCCACUUUGGGGAAAGGUGUUUUACCUUGACUUACCUUCUGCCACUUUAUCUGAAAAACUGCAAAAGGACAUUAAGUUUCUGGGAGGGCGAGUUGAAGAAUUUCUCAGCAAAGAUAUCAGUUACCUAAUUUCAAGUAAAAAGGAAGCUAAAUUUGCACAAACCUUGGGUCGUAAUUCUCCUGUUCCAAGUCCAGAAUCAGCAUAUACUGCAGAAACCACUUCACCUCAUCCCAGCCAUGAUGGAAGUUCAUUUAAGUCUCCGGACACAGUGUGUUUAAGCAGAGGAAAAUUAUUAGUUGAAAAAGCUAUCAAGGACCAUGAUUUUAUUCCUUCCAAUAGCAUAUUAUCAAAUGCCUUAUCAUGGGGAGUAAAAAUUGUUCAUAUUGAUGACAUUAGAUACUACAUUGAACAAAAGAAGAAGGAGUUGUAUUUGCUCAAGAAAUCAAGUACUUCUAUAAGAGAUGUGGGAAAAAAAGCUGGUAUUAGCAUACAGAAAACAAGAACAGGAAGACUCAAAAAGCCUUUUGUAAAGGUGGAAGAUAUCUGCCAAGUUUAUAGACCAUUUUAUCUUCAACUGACCAAUAUGCCUUUUAUAAAUUAUUCUAUUCAAAAGCCCUGCAGUCCAUUUGAUGUGGAUAAGCCAUCUAGCGUCCAAAAACAAACUCAGGUUAAACUAAGAAUCCAAACAGAUGGUGACAAAUAUGGUGGAACAUCAAUUCAACUCCAGUUGAAAGAGAAGAAAAAAAAAGGAUAUUGUGAAUGUUGCUUGCAGAAAUACGAGGAUCUCGAAACUCAUCUUCUAAGUGAGCAACACAGAAACUUUGCACAGAGUAACCAGUAUCAAGUUGUUGAUGAUAUCGUAUCUGAAUUAGUUUUUGAUUUUGUGGAAUUUGAAAAGGACACACCUAAGAAGAAAAGAAUAAAAUACAGUAUUGGCUCCCUUUCUCCUGUUACUGCAAAUGCCCCUAAAAAGACUGAACCUAAAGAAAAGCUGGAUUUGCAGCAUGUUUCUCAAAAAGACUUCAGGAAAAAUAAUAUACAGGUGCUUGAGCAGAAUUUCCUGUAUAAAGAAACUCUGGAAUCUGAACAAAAGCUUGUGUUUAUUUCAGAACUCAACUCCUGCCCUUUGAAUGAAUUGCGAGGACCUCAUGAGAAAAUAACUAAUAAUUGUUUCAUGUUAAAUACAGCUGAAAAUGACAUGAAACAGAAUUGUAUACAGCUACCUCUACAGAAAAAUAAACAAGAGUGCAUCCUUGACAUUUCUGAACAUAAGUUCGUUAUAAAUGACAGUGACGUAGAAGAACUAAGGGUAAAAUGCUGUCCAUAUAGACUACAGACAUCUAUACAAGUUUCUGAUUUCACUGUGGAUAAUAAUACAUCUCAAGCAAAACAAAAGUCGGAUACUGUGCUUUAUCCAGCAAAAGAUCUGAAGGAAAUGGACCUUCAUUCAGUAUUUGGUCAGGAUUCUGAUCCAAUAGCAAUAAACAAUUUACAAGAGCACCUAAAAGUUCAUGUAAUGACCCCAUCCCAUUGUCCUCCUGCAGAACCUAGCAAAUGUGACGUCAGGAAUUUGGAUAGUUUACCUUCUGGUAAAAUCCAUCGAAAAGUGAAAAUAUUAUUAGGACGAAAUAAAAAAAAUCUGGAACCAGCUACUGAAUUUGAUAAAAAAAGAAUUGAAUUUCUUACUACACAAGAAGACGAAAAAAAUUGUAGUUCCCCAAUGCAGUCUCUAUUGGACUUAUUUCAGAGCAGUGAAGAGAAGUCAGAAUUUUUGGGGUUUACAAGCUGUACAGGAAAUAGUGGUAUAUGUGAUGUUUUAGAUAUUUGGGAAGAGGAAAAUUCAAACAGUCUGUUGUCGAUGUUUUUCUCUUCCCCUUCGACUUCUACAUUUACUGGCUUUUAGACUUUUAAAAAUGUAUACUUUUCAGAAGUGAUAAGGAUCAUAUCCUUGUAAUUUUUAUAAGUACGUAUAAAAAUUCUUAGAAUUUUUGUCAUCUUUGUUUACAGAACCAAAUGUAAAUAUUAACAAUAAAGGUGAUGUUUGCAAUUUUCCACAAAUUUAAUACCUACUACAGAAAAAGUAUAGAAUAAAUUUGUGACUUCUUUUACAAACUAUGUUUACAAUUGUUUUCUGAGAAUUAUAAUGCUUUAUGUCACUGAAAACUAAUUUCAAAUGAAAUUUUGAGAUUA